GAAAACGCCGAGUGAGCUAGGGUUUUUAUCUAAUCGCCACUGAAGAGGAGAGAGAGAGAGAGAGAGAGAGAGAGACAGGAACUUGAUCGUUUUGGCAGCAUAGCAGAGUUGGAGCGAGUAGAACAAGAAUUCAGGUAUAUCUAAUUGUAUAUAUAUACAGAGAGAGAGAGAGAGAGAGAGAGAGAGAGAGAGAGAGAGAGAGAUGAAGCCGGUGGUGGGAAUGGUGGUGAAGAACAAGAUGCAGAAGUCGGUAGUGGUGGCAGUGGACAGGCUGUUCCACCACAAGCUCUACAACCGAUACAUCAAGCGAACCUCCAGGUUCAUGGCCCACGACGAGCUCAACCAGUGCAACAUCGGCGACCGCGUUAGAUUAGAUCCUUCUAGGCCAUUGAGCAAACAUAAGAAUUGGAUUGUUGCUGAGAUUAUUAAAAAGGCGCGAAUCUAUGUACCACCAUCAGUGGAGACCAAUACCGAUUCAAAGAGCAAGACUGAAGUAUCUGCCUCUUCCUCUGCAUGAGGUUUGGCUAGAACCGUCUAUAGAACCAUCUUGGGGAUUGUAAUCUUGUUUAUCUGUCUUUUGCAUUAAUAAAUGGAUUUUCAGCCCGUAUGUUUGAUUGUGUCGCAUCUGAAUGUUAAUCCUGUCUUUCUAUUUUCAAAUAUGAGUCGUCUUUUGGAGUGGAACAAUUGUCUAGAGUCAUCACAGUUUUGUGAGGUUAUCAAUCUGUCAAGUUAACAAUGUUGUUAGUCUUUAUUUUUGGUUGGCUGGUGUUACAAUGUCAAUGUGGUUCCUAUAAGUAACUUUUGAUCCCUCAACUAAGUGGAAGAGAGAGAAGACUGCUGUAUUUUCCGAGGCACAGUGAAAGAACUUAGAGUAUACUCACAUAUUAUGUGUAGUUGUAGUUAUGUGCAUAACUGCAUGUGUGCGUAUGUGGUUGGGGGAGGGGGUGUUUCAAACGUCCGCUACCUUUUGAUGGUUAGGUGGUUAACACAAGUCAAGCAAUUCCCCACCCCAUUAAAACUCCUGGCCCAUAUCAUUGAUGCUGAUGAGUCUUUGUUCUGCAUAAAAAUAGCCAUGUGAAAGCUCCUCACCAAGUGUUAAGAAACACAGUGCAGCCUGGAAAGACGUCGGCCUUGUCUGGAGAGAGAAAUGGAGAGCUCUCCCAAAAGAAUGUUGUAAUACAAGGGCUAUGCUAAGAGUGGCGAAGAUCUGCAUAAUGUGCUCCUGGCAUUGAUCUUCUUAUCAUUAAAGCAAGGAAACUGGGCAAUUUUGUAGUGUUUCAACUGUCAACACGUGUGAGCAACUAAUCCAAUUGACUGGUCAGUCUAUGUGCGUUGGAUCUAACCUCUAAAACGAGAAGCGUAGAGGUUGAAGGUCAAGGGAAAUGAGAGGAUAUUCACUAAAAAGAUUACUGGUGCAAUUGAAAUGUUUGAACUGAAAUUUCAAAUUACUACUUGACUUAAGAAGAUAUAGCUAUUGAUUGUGGUGUCCGAAUCAGUGAAAUGCUCUUAAAAAGCUAAACUCAAGAUGAGUAGUUUCUGCACCUUGCUUUCUUCUAUUCAUAGAACUCAACUAUGGAAGGUAGCAGCCAUGUUCACCAUAUUCGCAGCCCAUUACUUCCGUCUAUGGCCCUUCUUCAGUUGAAGCCAUGAGGGAAAUUCUGCAACUCUAAUUGCAUUCCUUGCAUGAUUCAGUGCCUGGACUUUCAUGCACUACUCGGGCACUCCGAUCAUGCAAUGUGUCCUGGGUUACUUACCUCCGUAAAGUUGCAGUAUUCAGUUGCCAUGUGUCCCUCUUUGGUGUUUGACGAUUUGACUUGUCAACCUCCCCUUCCUGGCAUCAACAUUAUCCAGCUGGAUAGGUAGUGACUAAUAUGUUUUUUGCAACUUGCAAAAAUUGUCACAUAGUAUUAUUCUUCACAAAUUACCAUUGACUCCUGUUAAAUUUGUUUACUGUGUAUAUAUUCCAUGUGCAUGUUACAAAGUACGGGACUACAAAAUGCUUUAUGUGAAUUUUUUGUGGAUAGAAUUACUCGUUAAAAAAUAAGUGGUUUGAAUUGCUAGAAUUGCCAGACAACUUUACAAGGAGUUCAUGCUAAGCAGGAGUUUGCAUUUUUUGUUGGUGUUGAUUCUAGACUUUAGUGGUCUCUUCUUUUCACCAGGUCAAGCUGUAAUCAAGUUGAUCAAGUUGCAAGGGUCUGGGUAGUUGCUUAACUGUGCCAAGGAAGGAUGGGUGAAGACGAAUAGUUUCCUUUUAUCUAGACUCUAGCUGUUAGUGUCAAGAGGCAAAUGUUUCACUUAUUGCUAAAAUGAGGAAUCUAUCUAUCUAGUUUUGUACGAAUUUUUACGUGUAAGAUUAUGAUUGAUUUCUUCUAGUGCUUAUGUCAUUUUUGGAUCUGAUAUGGAAAGUCUAAGGUUUUCAUUGUCUUUCACCUAUGCUUGUAAUGAAAGAAAAUUGUUUUCUUUUCA